CGGACGCUUGGUCGGUCGCCAAGCAGCCACGAAUCCAAUCAACAAGCACCGCCGCUUUCAGGCCUUCAGGGCAUUCUGGUCUGCAAGUUAAGCGCUGUUCUUGGCGUACUGCCUGCUGCUCCACCACCGCAUGGAGUCGGAGUCUGAGGGAGGCGUGUUCGACCAUGGGGGUCACAGCGUCAGCCUCGCCCGGGUAGAUGAGGCCAGGCCGUCGAGGUGCUCGACGUCGCUGGCCGGCUCGAACGAGCUGCCGCCGAAGCCGCUGCUGAUCGCCGGACCGCGCGAGGCCGGGGAGUACCCGGUGCUGGUGUUCCUGCACGGGUACUUAGCGACCAACUCCUUCUACUCCCAGCUGUUCCGGCACGUCGCCUCCCAUGGCUUCAUCGUCGUUGGCCCCCAGCUAUACACGAUAUCCGGGCCUGACACCACCGAGGAGAUCAAAUCGGCAGCGGCUGUCAUCGACUGGCUCGCCGGCGGCCUCUCGUCCGUGCUACCACCCAACGUCCGCGCCGACCUGAGCAAGGUGUCCAUCUCCGGCCACAGCCGCGGCGGCAAGGUGGCCUUCGCGCUCGCGCUCGGCCACGCCAAGCUCGCCCUCCCCCUCGCCGCCCUCAUCGCCGUCGACCCGGUGGACGGCAUGGGCGUCGGCAAGCAGACUCCACCUCCGAUACUCAACGGCAAGAACCGCUCCCUGCACGUCUCGGCUCCCGUCAUGGUCAUCGGCACGGGGCUCGGCGAGCUGCCCCGCGGCCCGCUGCUCCCGCCGUGCGCGCCCCGGGGCGUGAGCCACGCGGCGUUCUACGACGAGUGCGCGGCGCCGGUGUGCCACCUCGUGGCCAGGGACUACGGCCACACGGACAUGAUGGAUGACGACACGCCGGGCGCCAGGGGGCUUGCCACGCGCGUGCUCUGCAGGAGCGGCGGGGCCAGGGCGCCCAUGAGGCGGUUCGUGGGCGGCGCCACGGUCGCGUUCCUGAGGAAGUGGGUGGGCGGGGACGGAGCGGCGUUGGACGGCAUCAGGGCGCGCCCGGAGCAGGCGCCCGUGGCGCUGUCCGUCGUGGAGUUUCUCGAUGGUAGCUUAGAUAGCUGCUAGGAACUGGGAAACGCAAAUGAAAUUUGUUCCAUCGAAAUUGUGCAUGAACAAGGGUGAAACAUGAACCGGACAUGUAGAUGGGUCCA